AUGAGUAAUAUCGAUGAUGUCCCAGUUGAAGUUUCCAAAGUCUUUGAUACCAUCUUGGUCUUAGAUUUUGGAUCUCAAUAUUCUCAUUUAAUCACUAGACGUUUGAGAGAAUUCAACGUUUAUGCUGAAAUGUUACCAUGUACCCAAAAAAUUUCUGAAUUAUCAUGGACUCCAAAAGGUAUUAUUUUAAGUGGAGGUCCUUAUUCUGUUUACGAAGAAGGUUCUCCUCAUGUUGAUCAUGACAUUUUCAAAUUAGGAGUUCCAAUCUUAGGUAUUUGUUACGGUAUGCAAGAAUUAGCUUGGAUCAAUGGUAAAGGUGUUGCUAGAGGUGAUAAAAGAGAAUAUGGUCCAGCUACUUUAAAUGUUGAAGAUCCUUCAUGUGAAUUAUUUAAAGAUGUUGAUCAUUCUCAAGUUUGGAUGUCUCAUGGUGAUAAAUUACAUGCUUUACCAACUGGUUACAAAAUUGUUGCAACUUCAGAUAACUCUCCAUUUGCUGGUAUUGCUCAUGAAACUGAAAAAAUUUUCGGUAUUCAAUUCCACCCUGAAGUUACUCACUCAGUUAAAGGUAAAACUAUCUUAAAAAACUUUGCUAUCAGCAUUUGUCAAGUUAAUGCCAACUGGUCAAUGGAAAAUUUCGUUGAUACUGAAAUUGCUAGAAUUAAAAAAUUAGUUGGUCCAACUGCUGAAGUUAUUGGUGCCGUUUCCGGUGGUGUUGAUUCUACCGUUGGUGCUAAAAUCUUACACGAAGCCAUUGGUGAUAGAUUCCAUGCCAUUUAUGUUGAUAAUGGUUUAAUGAGAAAAAACGAAACUGAAAGUGUUUAUCAAACUUUAACUGAAGGUUUAGGUAUCAAUUUAACUGUUGUUGAUGCUACUGAUAAAUUCUUAGGUAGAUUAAAGGGAAUCACUGAUCCAGAAAAGAAAAGAAAGAUCAUUGGUAACACUUUCAUUCAUGUUUUUGAAGAAGAAGCUGCUAAAAUCACUCCUAAAGAUGGUCAAGAAAUUGAAUAUUUAUUACAAGGUACUUUAUAUCCUGAUGUUAUUGAAUCUAUCUCAUUCAAAGGUCCUUCUCAAACCAUUAAAACUCAUCACAAUGUUGGUGGUUUAUUAGAAGAUAUGAAAUUGAAAUUAAUUGAACCUUUAAGAGAAUUAUUCAAAGAUGAAGUCAGACAUUUAGGUGAAUUAUUAGGAGUUCCUCAUGAUUUAGUCUGGAGACAUCCUUUCCCAGGUCCAGGUUUAGCUAUUAGAGUUUUAGGUGAAAUUACUCCUGAACAAUUAAAAAUUGCUAGAGAAGCUGAUUUCAUCUUUAUUGAAGAAAUUAAAAAAGCUGGUAUCUAUAAGGAAAUCAGUCAAGCUUUCGCUGCUUUAUUACCUGUCAAAUCUGUUGGGGUUAUGGGUGAUCAAAGAACUUAUGAACAAGUUAUUGCUUUAAGAGCUAUUGAAACUGUUGAUUUCAUGACUGCUGAUUGGUAUGUCUUUGAAGCUAGUUUCUUAAAGAGAGUCGCUUCUAGAAUCGUUAAUGAAGUUGAUGGGGUUGCUAGAGUCACUUAUGAUAUUACUUCUAAACCUCCAGCAACUGUUGAAUGGGAAUAG